AUGCUCUGGAAGCAGCCUGGGCACCUGAAUGGAGGUCCCAAUACAUUCACUGUGACAUGGCUGCCCAUGGAGCACAAGGCAGUCCCUGCUCUCUGCGGGGCUGUGGAAAGGCAGAGUGCGGCAUUCUGUGAGGCCCCAAAGAAACUGGGCCUGUCCUUCUCCAUCGAGGAGAUCUUAAAGAGGCCCGCCAGGAGGAGCGACGGGGUCCGGUGGGAAGGGGCAAGUGGGCCGGGCACCGGGGAAGCCGAAGUUGCAGACUCCAGGCCAGAGAGGCCCCUACAGGACCAGCCCCAGGAGGAGAGGAAGAGCAAGCGGAGAGUCCGAACCACCUUCACCACAGAGCAGCUACAUGAGCUGGAGAAGACCUUCCACUUCACCCACUACCCAGACAUCCACAUCCGCAACCAGCUGGCAGCCAGGAUCAACCUCCCAGAAGCCCGGGUACAGAUCUGGUUCCAGAAUCAGCGAGCCAAGUGGCGGAAGCAGGAGAGGAUGGGCAGCUUUACAGCUCCGCAGCGGCUAAGUGAGGCCGACUCGGCCCCGGCCACACACCUGCACGUGGCCGGUCCCCUGCUGCCGCCCCCUGCACUGCCCAGGCUGGCUCCUCCCACGUGGUGUUAUCCACCAGCUCAAGGUUGGCCGACCUCUGCCUGCUUCCCUGCCUGGACACUGCCUCUCCCGGGCCCCUUUGUCCAGCAGAGCCGCAUCCCUGCCCUCUGCUUCCUUCCACCUCUGCACCCCAAAUGGGGCAGCGUCUGUGCCACUUCAACAUAG